AAAAUUCCAUUCCUUACACUCGUUUGAUAAUAUUGAUUUCAACAUUAAGGUGCUUUGUCAGUUCAAACUAUUAAGAGUAGUAGACAUGAAACUUGGAUUCUGGAACUUUGAAGGUGAGAUGCUAUAUAUGGCAAAUCUUGUUCACUUGAGAUACUUAGCUUUGUCCCUAAGUGAAAAUGUAGGCUCUCUUAAACUAAAGCUCUUUCAGCAUUGGAAUAUGCAAAGUUUUAUUGUUCGUGGAUGUAGUGUUAUAUUGGGUUCACGUGAGGCAUCUCGAAUUUGGAAAAUGCCAUUGUUAAGGAAUUUUUAUGUGGACAUAAUUCCUUUUACAUUAGAGGCUUCCAAGGUUGUUCAUAGAAACAUAGAGACUAUAUCUUGGUUGCGUCCAAAGUGUUGUACAGAGGAUCUUUUUACAAGGAUUCCAAAUUUAAAAAAAUUGGGAAUUAAAGGUUCAGAGGAUUUUGAAAAUGAAAAUUCAGAUGGUUUCUAUAAUUUUGUGCACUUGGGGCAGCUUGAGAAACUAAGCAUCGAAUGUUGGGAUCUCCAACUUCCGUAUAGCGACAUCCCUUGGGCAACUAGUUUUCUACCAAAUCUUAAGGAGCUCAAAUUCGUCUGUACUUGGUUACCAUGGAGUGAUAUAAGGUUCAUUGGUAUGUUGCCGAAUCUAAAAGUUCUAAAAUUGAUAUAUGCUUGUGAAGGCAAAGAGUGGGAGCCAUAUGAGGGAGGGUUCCGUCAAUUGAAAAUGUUGGUAAUUGAAAGCUCAUGUCUCGAAGAUUGGAAUGCUGUGGGUGAUCAUUUCCCUGUGCUUGAACAUUUAGAGUUAAGUUGUUGCUGUUUGUUGCGAGAGAUCCCUAUUGCGUUUGCUGAUAUCACCACACUUGCAUUGAUUGAUCUAUAUAAAUGUCGGCAUUCUGUUUUGGCUUCCGCAAAUCGUAUUCAAGAUGAGCAGCAGCGGAGCUAUGGAAUUGAUGCUCUCCUUGUUCAUUCUAAAAAUAUUCAGGAUGGACCGCCAGAGUAAAUUAAACAUCUCAAAUUAAAGGAAGGAUGUGACGAGGAUAAAUGAGGAGGUGCUUCUAUAGCUGAAUCCCAGAUCUCCAAAGAUCAAGUUUAGAGGCACAAAUGUGAGGUGUUGGCUGUUUCGGUGAUCUGAAAUGUUUUGUUUUUCUGGGUUGAAGUUGCUGAUUGGAGCUUUGGCUUGGAAUAUAAUGAAUCUGCUAGUGGUUUUGUACUUGCUGUGGGAUUA